CGAGCUCAACAAGCAGAGAAACGUCUGAGUCCAGAAGGAACAGACUGAAACCAGAGCAGGAGUCUCUGGACGUGAGCGGCUGGUGAGGCAGGAGCCAGAGCGGCUGAGGGCGGGGCUCAGGAAGUGCAGUUGACUGCACGGCUCUUUAAAGGCUCAUUGUUCUGACAGAGGAGCCCAGGAGUCGGCCGGGACGUGGAACCAGCUGCGGAUAAGAUGUCUGUGCAGCUAAGAGCAGAGGGAUCUGCUGCAGAGGGAUCUGCUGCAGAGGGAUCUGCUGCAGAGGCAGCGCCGUGCCUCGAAUGUAAGAAGAGAUGCUCUGGAUUCCAGCCACAUUCCUGGAGAAAAGCUUGUAUGACGUGCGGCUGCAGCUCAGUGGACCACACGCCUGGAAGUGAAGCAGAGGAUGAUCAGAAAAUGGGCCGACUGCUGGCAGACUCACCGUUCUCACACCUGACAGCCAAAGUCAAAGGUGGGGGGGGUCUCCGUAUGUACAAGAGAAACCGGAUGAUUGUGACGAACCCGGUGGUGUCAGGAAAAGACCCGACAUUCAACACCACAACCUACGACUGGGCACCAGCAGGACUCAACCAGAAACUGGCCAUGCAGUACAUGGAGCUCCUACCGGAAAGCCUUCGGCCCGUCUCCGGGAGCGCCGGAUCCCUGCAGCGGCGCCGGCAGCUCCUCCAUCAGCUGCCAGCGUACGAUCACGACCCCAUGAAGUGUCCGAGUCUGGCCAGUGAGGAGGAGAUAUCAACCAUGCUGCUGUUUGUGAAGCAGUACAAGCAGGAAGUGCUGGGGGUGGGGGAGGUGGCCUUACCUGGUGAGUCUGCAGCUCUGAAGGAAGCCGUUCUCCUGAGGACGGUAAAGGAGUCUGGGCAGCAACAGGGCCACACGUCUGCCAGCGCCGCCGCCGCCGAGGGCUCCAAUGGAACAGACGGCAUGACUGAAUAUCGCUGUACUGGCUGUAAAGCAGAGGUAGCCAAGGAGAGUCCAGUUGUCUACGCCGAGCGUGCCGGUUACCAUGGCGCCCUGUGGCAUCCCACCUGCUUCAGGUGCUCAGAGUGCAGCCAGAGUCUGGUGGACCUGGUCUACUUCUGGUCCAGCCAGAAGCUGCUGUGUGGACGACACUACUGUCAGUCGGUGUGGCCCAGAUGUUCCGGCUGUGACGAGCUCAUCUUCUGCAGAUCUUUCUUCACAUCCAAAGAUGGACGGACGUGGCAUCAGGAGCAUUACUGCUGCUGGAGAUGUGGAGUCAGCCUGGACACGCCCUGCCAGCACUGACGCACAACACACCCACAACUCAACUACAACACAACUACAACACAACUACAACACAACUACAACACAACUACAACACAACUACAACACACACACAACACAACUACAACACACACACAACACACACACAAUACAACUACAACACAACUACAACACAACUACAACACACACACAAACUUACACACAAACUCACCCACCCCAACUCUCACACACACACUCAUAUAAACACACUCAUAAGUGUUGCUGCAUUAAAUCUGGUGAACUGGGUCAGACCAGUGACUGUAUAGAGGGCUGGACAGAGCGGUUGUGAUGUCACCCAUAGAAAUGUCUCACCUCCAGCUUCAGGGAUACGGAGUCAGUUCACUCCCAUGUUGGAGCUAAACAACAGUGAGUCGGUCUGAGUCCAGUUUCUAUGGUAACUACCGUCACCAAUCAGGAGUGAGCUGGUUGCAGCUCCUCCCCUUUCCACUGAAAGCAGAUCAGGAGAAUCUGUCAAUUAAACGCUGGAGGCGGGACCAAUGGGAACCACAUGCUUGUACUGAGGCAUCUGAUUGGCCAGUUUAUAACUUGUGAUGAAGAAAAACACAUUAAAACAAGAGGAUUAUCAGGAAGAUCAGAGGAAGAUCAGGAUUACCAAGAACAUUUUAGAAAAUGGAAUCAGAUCCAGAAUGUUUAUUCUGACCAAUAGAAUGGCUGGUAGCAGCUCCUUAUUUCUACAUAGAAGUCUAUGGGGUUUUGGCUUCUUGGAGAACGCAGCUACUUCCUGUUUGGAACCUUUGACUGUAUAAGAGAGCACUGGAAAGAGUGGGUGUGAUGUCAGCCAUAGAAAAUGCCUAAAUCUGGUUCCAAGAAAAUGAAGUCAAUUCAGUCGCCAUUUUCUGUGAAUGUGGACUUUGAACCAGACGAUGUUAGUGAAUGCUGAUUUGUCAGUCGGUCUGGGUCAACAUUUCUAUGGCAACCACUCUCACCAAUCAGGAGUGAGCUUGUAUAGGUACAUUUAUCUGUCUUCUGUGGUUCCACCUCCACCAGAGAGGUCUGGGAUCCAGUGGUUUUCUGGAGAUGUCUGAGGUCUUUCCAGGGAUCUGCUGCAGCCACUCCUCCAGUUAGGAGGUUUUAUAUUAUAUAUAUAUAUAUACAUAUGUUAGGGCUAUCAAUGUUGACAAGUUAACGCACGCGAUUAAAGAAAACCAAUGUUAAGAUUCAGUAACACAAAUGAAUAACCCCCCACACAGCAACAAUCUUCUGUUUUCCUUCAGCAGGUCCGACUUUGCCGCCGUACUUUAAACACUUCUUUAGGUAUUCUCCUACUGAUGCCACGGUCACUUACAAGAGACAUAAACAUUCAAUUUAGUACUUCAAUCUUGGUAUUUUUUGGUUUAGAUUGCUUUUUCACAAAAAGUGGACUAUUGGAUCCGUGGUCUGGCCCGUUGGUAACACAUCGCUGAGCCUCGACUGCAGCGGCGAAGGAAAGUGAUAUGAAUGAGAUGAUCAUGAUCAGUUCAGAAAGUUCACCCUUUACAUUCAACAUUCAAACAAUUUCCACCUUUAUUAAGUCUGCUUGGUUGUCAUGGUUACUCACGUUCUUUGAGUCACAUGAUUAUAUUUAGCUAGCUGGUUUAAACGGCGCUCCUUUGCAGCUCCACAUGAACUUGAUCCAGCAUGAACAGCUCCCUCGCUAAAUUGAGGUUUGUCUUUUAUGGUCUCGAUAUUUUCAAGGUUUUUUCAGUGCAAUUUUGCUUUUUUUUAAACAGCGCAUUGUGAUUGGCCGUUGACUUUAUCAAUCAGUGUCUGCCGUGCUGUGUCUCCUGAACAGAACACGUCACUUUGCAGCAGUUACAUAAAUCUUUCAUCUCCAUCCGAAUUUUGUUUUUGUUCUAUAAAACUGGACGUUUUUUUCUUUGAAAAUUUGAACUUUCAGAGUUUAAACCAGAGAGGGAGUUUUCCCCCCUCAGACAUCUGUAAUCCUGCCAAUCAGAUUUCCUGUUUCAGAACCUUAUCAAUGAGGGAUCGGUCUGUUUCCGUUUCAUGUUUUUCUCUCUAGAGCAGAAGAAACUGCUGAGGUUCAGCUGGUUUGAUGCUUUUAGUGCAGCGUCAGAGGACUGGACCCAAAGGUGGAUCCAGUAGAACGGUUCUGAAGAUCACUUCUACCAGCAGUAACAUCACACUAACAUGUUACAGCUGCAGGUAAAUCUGAACGGAUCAGAACUCAGAACUCUUCCAACAAUUCCUUCUGACUGAAAUGGAAUGAAGAUCAGUGAAAGCAGCAUUUCUGAGACCAUCGCUGCUCUGUCCAGUUAGUUCACAACAGGAUUACAUCUCUCAGAAUGCAUCAGCUCUGAGCAAAAGCAGAAUCUUCAUGGACUUUAAAUGUAUUUUCAUCUUUUUAGUCAGCUCCAUCCCGCACUCACUGAAAAAAGUCAUUUUCUACAUAUUUAUCAGUUUAGAAAUUAACACAUUUCUUCUGUCAUGAACUGGAAAUAUCAGAUUUUAAUUUUUUCUGGUUGGACUGAAUAUGUUCUUAUUUGGGACAAACACUGAUCAGUUCAGAGGGUUUCAUCCCCAUGCUGGUAAAUCCUGUCAUCAGUUCAGUUUGAAUUCUAAUAACGCUGUAACCUGAACUAGACAACAUGAUUUAAUGGCUCUAAUUUAGGGAAUCUUUGAACAUCUCUUUGUGUGAUUGACCCUCGAGAGUUCGUUUUGAUUUGUUUCCUUUUUCUUGAGUUUUAUUGAUGUGCUGGUGUUUGGUUUUUGCUCUCUUUGUUCCUCAUGCAUUUGUUCCUUCAGGUGGUUUGGUUUCUGUAAAAUAUGUUCUAUAUGAUGUGAGUUUGUUUUAUUCAAAAGUCUGUAUCUGAACUUCUCAUUGUUUCAUUUAAAGAUCACCUUCCACCAGCAUCCUAGGAGGCUGAGUGAUGUAAACAAUGUCAAACAAUAAAGAAAACAAUAACAAAAUAUAAAGUGUAAAAACAAUUAAACAAGAAUCCAAAUUAAUUAACUCUGUUUGUAAAGGAAGGAAAGUUGUCAAACUGAGAGCUUCUUAAACACCUGGUGGACACGAGGUCAGGUAAGGAAGAAAGUUCAGUGAUGAAGAGUGUGAUGAGGAGGAAGAACCUCCAAGAAAUGAACCUGAAAAGUUAAUAGAAACAGAUCAACUAGAAGACCCAAAAAAGACAGAGAUACAGUCAAACCAAGAGAAAUUACUUCA